AUGGUUUUGCUUCACGUUCUUGAUAUCAAUCCUCCCUUGCUAAACUCUUCUUGCGCUUGGUCGUCCAAUCUGCAGCAGCUGACAGAGCUAUACGAAUCCCCGUAUACAGGAGCCGUAACAACACGCACAGCAACUUUACUUGGAUUCAAGGAGGAUAAUAAUCACACUGUAGCUUUUCAUGUGGAGGCGCUGACAACAAUCAAUUCCUAUGGCUACUCUCCCCAUCCCCUGACAGAGUAUAUCGAAUGGGUGAAGGACAUCCUUAUCUCACACCCAUUAUCUACAAAACCUAUUAUUAUCAGCAUAACAGCCUCAGAUCCACAGACGUUGGCAGAAAUGGUGAAUUCCAUUCAAACUCUUCGAGAAGUACUACAAGACGGAAAAAUUGGGAAUGCACGAAUUGGAAUAGAACUUACACAUCGUGUCCAAAUAUCCCCAAUUCCCCACCCUCGGGCUACAGUUUCAGUUUUGACUGCGGCGUACGCCAAAGACAACACCCUGACUAUUGGCCUCAAAUUACCACCAUACGUUCACAAAGACCAAUUUGCAGAAGUUUUUGCGGUCUUGCAGUCUCUGCAAAAUUCAGCAAGAUACAAUGGAUCCGCUAUCUCAUUUUUAACGUGCACCAAUACGCUAGGAAACUCCCUUCUCUUUUCCGAGCAGUCAAUCUCCACAAUUGAAUCAAAAAACGAGUUUGCAGUGCCCACAGGCCUAGGAGGGUUGGCAGGUGAAUCGCUCCAUCCUUUGGCCUUGGGAAAUGUUUAUGCGUUCAAAAAAUUGAUAUCCUCUCAAUCCGGCGCACACGCCGCACUAGGGAAUAUUAAAAUUAUCGGCGUAGGCGGGGUAACUUCCAAAGCUGCAGUCGAAAGGAUGACAAAGGCUGGAGCAGAUUUUGUUGGCUGUGCGACGCUGUUUGGGAAAGAAGGCGUUCACGCAUUCGAGAUCUUGGGGAAACGGUAA